AAGGGGCCGGGUGUUGAUGGGGAAUGUUUUCGAAUUUUAAUUCUUCAAGAAAGAAACAUGGAUGGUAAUGGAAAAAAAUUUCUUAUCUCUAAUGAAGACGAUGGGUGAUGUGAGGUUUCAGGGACGUAAAGUAUAUUCCUUCCAUGAACUAACGGAGCUUCUCCCAUCCGGCGAGUUGAACCAUGUGGGUCAUAAAACACACUGUACUACUAUACUAUAAUACUCAGUUAAGCUGAGCAACAAUCAAUGCACUUAUAGAUCUUGGAUUUUUCACGUCAAGAUCGAUCGAGGAGUUUUAAUUUGCAGUAUAAUCAAGAAAGAAGUGAUCGAUCUUUGAAGCAAAAAAAAAAUGUCGAGGGUUUUGGAGGAAGAAGAUGAUGGGGAAAUCUCAUAUAGUAGCAGGAGGAGUAGUGUGGCCUCCGGCGGCAACCUCCGGCUGGGGACGGCGGAAGUGUUUGGCCGGAGCGCACGGCGGGAGGAGGAGGAGGAGCUGCCGUGGGCCGCCAUCGAGCGGCUGCCGACGUUCGAAAGGAUGAGGAAAGGCAUGGUGAAGCAUGCAGCGGUGGGCGGCGACGGCGGACUUGUGGCGGAGGAAAUCGACCUCACAAAGCUUGGGAAGCAAGAAAGGGAAGUGUUAAUGGAGAGUAUACUGAAAGGUGAUGAGGAAGACAAUGACAGCUUUCUUCUACGGUUUAGGGAAAGGAUUGAUAGGGUGGGGGUUAAUAUACCAAAGGUUGAAGUAAGGUAUGAGCAUUUGUCAGUGGUGGGAGAGGCACAUGUUGGGCAUAGAGCAUUGCCCACUUUGGCUAAUGCCACCAUGAAUGCAAUUGAGAGUGUUCUGAGGAUGGCUCACCUUGCCCCUUCUAAUAGAAGAAGCAUUCAAAUACUCAAAGAUGUCAGUGGCAUUGUCAAACCAUCAAGGAUGACACUGCUUUUAGGCCCCCCUGGUGCAGGGAAAACAACAUUGCUGAGGGCACUUGCAGGAAAGCUUGAUGAUGAUUUAAAGAAAACGGGGAAAAUUACAUACUGUGGCCAUGAAUUUCAUGAAUUUGUCCCACAAAAGACAUGUGCUUAUAUUAGUCACCUUAAUCUUCACCAUGGAGAGAUGACAGUGAGGGAAACUUUGGAUUUCUCGGGCCGCUGUUUGGGGGUUGGAACAAGGUAUGAAUUGCUGGCAGAGCUGUCGAGACGGGAGAAGCAAGCGAGAAUCAAACCAGAAUCUGAACUUGAUGCGUUCUUGAAGUCCAUAUCAGUUGCUGGCCAAAAAACCAGUUUGGUCACAGAUUACAUUAUCAAGAUUCUAGGAUUAGACAUCUGUGCAGACAUCAUAGUUGGGGAUGAAAUGAGGAGGGGUAUUUCGGGUGGACAGAAGAAGCGUCUAACCACUGGAGAAAUGUUGGUUGGACCUGCAAAAGUUCUUCUAAUGGAUGAAAUAUCGACUGGUUUAGACAGUUCCACAACUUUUCAAAUUGUAAAAUAUAUGAGGCAGUUGGUUCAUAUUAUGGAUGUAACAAUGGUAAUUUCUCUGCUCCAACCAACCCCCGAGACGUAUGAUCUUUUUGAUGACAUAAUCUUGCUCUCAGAAGGGCAGAUUGUGUAUCAAGGUGCGAGGGAGAAUGUUCUUGAGUUCUUUGAGAAUAUGGGAUUUAAAUGUCCCGAGCGGAAGGGAACUGCUGAUUUUCUCCAAGAAGUGACCUCAAAGAAUGAUCAAGAACAAUAUUGGCUCAGAAAAGAGCAACCAUAUCGAUACAUCUCAGUUGCAGAAUUUGCAGAGGCUUUCACUUCAUUUCAUCUUGGCAAACAGCUUGCCUAUGAGCUUAGCGUUCCUUACGAUAAGCCCAAAACUCACCCUGCCGCGUUGGUGAAAAGGAAGUACGGUAUCUCCAAUUGGGAGUUACUCAAGGCAUGCUUCUCACGGGAGUGGCUGCUAAUGAAGCGCAACUCUUUUGUUUACAUUUUCAAAACUUGUCAGAUAACCAUCUUGUCCAUUUUUGCCCUUUCGGUUUUCUUGAGGACACAGAUGCCAUAUGGCAGACUACAAGAUGGAAGGAAAUUCUACGGGGCUCUCUUCUACAGUCUGAUCAACGUGAUGUUUAAUGGAACGGUAGAGACAGCAAUGACAGUUAUGAGGCUUCCUGUAUUCUUUAAACAGCGGGAUCAGUUGUUCUAUCCCGCUUGGGCCUUUUGCCUGCCAAUUUGGUUUUUGAAAAUACCCCUGUCAUUCAUUGAAUCGGCAAUAUGGAUUGUUUUUACAUAUUACUCAAUAGGUCUCGCUCCUUCUGCUGGAAGGUUCUUUUGUCAUUUUUUGACGUUAUUUAGUACACAUCAGGCGGCUCUUUCUCUAUUCCGAUUCAUUGCAGCAAUUGGAAAAACACUCGUGGUUUCAACCACCUUAUCUACAUUUACCUUGUUGUUGGUCUUCGUGCUUAGCGGUUUCAUAAUUGCUUACAAUGACAUUAGGCCAUGGAUGAAAUGGGGUUAUUAUGCUUCUAUUAUGAGUUAUGGGGAAAAUGCAUUAGUCAUGAACGAGUUUCUCGACGAAAGAUGGAGUGCUCCUAAUAUAUACCCCAAAAUUCAAGAACCGACUGUAGGGAAAGCGCUUCUCAAGGCAAGAGGCUUUGUAACAGACAACUACUGGUUUUGGGUUUGCAAUGGAGCUCUCUGGGGAUUUUCGCUUCUCUUCAAUGCUUUAUUUAUAGCAGCACUUUCUAUCUUGAAUCCUUAUGGUGACUCGAGGGCUGCACUCUUGGAUGAGGAUGUUGAAAAUAAGAAAAACGAGUCUUUUGAAGGGAUGAUUCCCCAAUCUAGGAGAGGAAUGGUUCUUCCUUUUCAGCCCUUGUCGCUUGCUUUUAACCAUAUCAACUAUUACGUGGAUAUGCCAUCUCAAAUGAAGAGCGAAGGCGUUAAUGAAGACCGCCUUCAGCUCCUUCGGGAUGUUAGUGGUGCUUUCAGACCGGGGGUACUGACAGUGCUUGUAGGUGUCACUGGCGCUGGAAAGACAACCUUAAUGGAUGUCUUAGCGGGACGAAAGACCAGUGGAUACAUCGAAGGUAGCAUCAGCAUUUCUGGUUAUCCAAAGAACCAAACAACUUUUGCUCGAGUCACUGGUUACUGUGAACAAAACGAUAUUCAUUCGCCCAAUCUUACUGUUUAUGAAUCCGUCAUUUAUUCUGCUUGGCUUCGUCUAUCUGCUGAUAUUAACAAGAAUACCCGCGAGAUGUUUGUAGAAGAAGUGAUGGGACUGGUUGAGCUUAAUCCUAUAAGAAAUUCCUUAGUUGGUCUUCCCGGGGUUGAUGGUCUUUCAACUGAACAAAGAAAACGAUUGACAAUCGCUGUGGAGUUGGUUGCUAACCCGUCUAUAAUAUUCAUGGACGAACCAACAUCCGGGCUCGAUGCCAGAGCUGCUGCUAUUGUUAUGCGAACCGUAAGAAAUACAGUGGACACCGGGAGAACAGUUGUGUGCACCAUUCACCAGCCAAGUAUCGACAUAUUUGAAGCUUUUGAUGAGUUACUAUUGAUGAAGAAAGGAGGACAGAUGAUUUAUGCAGGACCACUCGGUUGUAACUCUCGUAAACUGAUAGAAUACUUUGAGGCUGUGCCCGGGGUUCCUAAGAUCAAGGACGGAUAUAAUCCCGCUACAUGGAUGUUGGAGAUCACUGCUACUGCAUUUGAGGCACAAAUUGGAGUUGAUUUUGCAUACAUUUAUGCCAACUCUUCACUCUAUCAGAGGAAUCAAGAACUCGUAAAAGAACUCAGCACCCCGCCCCUCGGUUCCAAGGACCUUCACUUCCCAACCAAAUACUCGCAAACAUUUGUCGAACAAUGCAAAGCGUGUUUCUGGAAACAACAUUGGUCUUACUGGAGGAACCCACAGUACAAUGCCAUUCGGCUGUUCAUAACAAUAAUCACCGGCAUUUUUAUUGGGAUUAUCUUUUGGGACAAAGGAGACAAAGUGCAAAAGCAACAGGAUCUGGAGAACAUAAUGGGAGCGAUCUUUUCUGCUAUAAUUUUCAUUGGAGCUACAAACACUAAUUCAGUGCAAGCUGUGGUUGCUGUGGAGAGAACGGUUUUCUAUCGUGAACGUGGUGCUGGGAUGUAUUCGGCUCUCCCCUACGCGUUUGCUCAGGCUGGUAUAGAAGCAAUCUAUGUUGCUGUUCAGACCAUUUCGUAUUGUCUUCUGCUAUACUCGAUGAUUGGAUUCGAGUGGACAGCGGGCAAGUUUAUAUGGUUCUACUACUUCAUGUUCAUGAGCUUCUUCUACUUCACGCUGUUCGGAAUGAUGCUCGUUGCACUAACUCCCGGAGUCGAGUUUGCUGCCAUUUUGAUGACUUUCUUCCUCACUUUCUGGAACCUCUUCUCGGGUUACCUCAUUCCCAGAACACAAAUUCCAGUGUGGUGGAGAUGGUACUACUGGGCAACACCUAUUUCAUGGACAAUUUACGGGCUAGUCGCGUCGCUGUUAGGGGAUAAAGAGUCCCUGGUUGAGGUUCCUGGAGAAGGUUAUGUGACAAUAAAACAGUUCCUUAAAGAUAACAUAGGAUUUGAUUAUGGUUUCCUUCCUGCUGUUGCUGUUGGGCAUGUUGGUUGGGUUCUCCUCUUCUCCUUUGUGUUUGCUUAUGGUAUCAUGUUCCUUAACUUCCAAAAGAGAUAAGACUAUUUGUGAUGGUUAGGGAUGGCAAAUUUUGUCUGAAAAUGUAUAAGUAAAUUAGGAUGUAAUGUUUGUUCAAAAAAAAAAAAGGAUGUAAUGUUAUUGAUUGCUGUAACAUGGUUAGAUAUUUGGAAGUUAGUAGUUUUCAAGUUUAGAUCACCGAAAAAGUGGUUAGAAGUUCCGACUAUACUCAAUAAAAGGUUACGAUGUUUUUUGAUUGCUUACUACUAGUGAUCAUAGCUUUUGGUGAAUCACUAGUGUAAGUUGUUAUCUGGGUCGAAUAGUGUAACUGUGGCUCUCCUAAGUGAGAAGUCAGUAGUACUAAAAAAAAAAUUAUUUAUUCUAAA